AGCAAAGGAACUUUCCUAAGUCAGAGACUUUAGGACUCGGACCUAGAACCAGAUGGUCCGGAGAAAGAGAAGCAGCCGCCGCCGGAUCUGAGCCAGCCCAGGUGGGCAGCACAGCCCAGAGACCGAGGCAGGAUUUGGAGGCCCCCGCAUCACCUUCGGCAGCUUGAUCCCGCGGCUGGGGGCCCCCCUGCGCUGUCUCCUCCUCCCUGCACUCCCCUUUGCUUUCAUGCAACGCCUGGUGGCCUGGGACCCAGCAUGCCUCCCUAUCCAGCCACCCGCCUUUAAAUCCAUGGAAGUAGCUAAUUUCUACUACGAGGCGGACUGUCUGGCUGCGCUGAGCAAGCUGCACCCGCGGGCGGCAGGGGGCCGCUCCAUGACCGAGCUCACCGUAGGGGACCACGAGAGAGCCAUCGACUUCAGCCCUUACCUGGACCCCUUAGCAGCAUCCCAGGCGCCGCCGCCGCAGCAGCAGCCUCCGCCUGCAGCAGCAGCAGGGGGCAGCUCUGAGCCUCCCUGCAGCAGCGGCGCCAGCCAAGAUUUCCUCUCCGACCUCUUCGCCGAGGACUAUAAAGGCGGCGGCAAGAAGCCCGACUUCACCUACAUCAGCCUGGCCAGGCACUGCCAUCCGGGCGCCGGCCAGGCCCAUAAGCCGGGCGGGCUGCUGCCCUGCUUCCCGUCCCAGAUCGUGGAGACCAAAGUGGAGCCGGUCUUCGAGUCCCUGGACUCUUGCAAAGGGUCCCUGAAGGAAGAAGGGGGCGCCAGGCCGGGCGCAGGGGGCAUGUCCUCCCCUUACGGCAGCACCAUGCGCUCCUCAACCCGUCCGAUUCCUCCAAGUCCGGCGGCGGAGCGGGCUACGCCGGGCCAAGAUGCGCAACCUGGAGACGCAGCACAAAGUUCCGAUUCCUCCAAGUCCGGCGGCGGAGCGGGCUACGCCGGGCCGCUGGGCUCCAAGAACAAGAGCAAGAAGAGCGUGGACAAGCACAGCGAGGAGUACAAGCUUCGCCGGGAGCGGAACAACAUCGCGGUGCGCAAGAGCCGGGACAAGGCCAAGAUGCGCAACCUGGAGACGCAGCACAAAGUGAUGGAACUCACCAGUGACAAUGACCGGCUGCGCAAGCGG